AUGCGUGGUUUGCGUGGUUUCCUUGAUGUUGUCGAUAAUAAAGCAAGUGCAUUCAAGUUGAACAAGACAAGGGUAGUGGACGAAAGUAGAAUAUAUCGAGAUCGCGAGGAAAGCUUUUCUCGUGAGCUUGCCUUUCAAACUUGCAGAACCACACGACCUGAUGAAUGGUGGAGGACAUAUGGGUAUAGUACUCCACAGUUACAAGAGUUUGCAAUUAAGAUUCUGAGCCAAACUUCAACCUCUUCGGGAUGUGAGCGAAAUUGGAGUGUUUUCGAACGUAUCCAUACAAAAAGAAGGAAUAGAUUGGAGCAUCAACGGUUGAAUGAUUUGGUUUUUAUCCAUUAUAACUUGCGUUUGAAAAAUAGGAUGUGUUACAAGAAAAGCAGUUGUGAUCCUAUCGAUUAUGAAAGCAUUGAUAGAACAGAAUUUUGGAUUGCUGAUGAUGAACAGGAGGGUGAUGACUUCAAUUUAGAUGAAUUGGAGCAAGCACUUUACGAAGAAGGAUCUAUUCCUGUCGGUGUUGAUGGCCAACCCUAUUAUGAUUCAGCAGGUGGUUCACAAGUUGAUGGUGAUGAUAAUGAUGAUGACUCGGAUGAUGAUGUGGAUAAUCAAUUUAGGAUGGGUUGACCCGUUGAAGAAUCUGUUUGGUUUCUCCUUUUUCCCUUCACUUACCGUGAGCUUCUAUUGAAUUUGUUUGUGGUUGGGUUGGUGGAAUGGAUUGAUAUUGUGUAAUUUUAUAUGUUGGUUGGUGGAUUGGUAGGUAUU